AUGGUCUCCCUUCAGCCCUCAUCCAAGAGUAGCACCUCAACCAAGUCCAAGCCAGCAUCGUCUCGCUCAAGUUCAUCGACGGACCACCGCAACCAGCAGCAGCAGCAGCCCGUGCCGAGCUCACCCACCAAAAAAAUCAAACUCAGCCAUCUACCUGACUUCUCAAACCAGUCCACCCAGAUGCUGCUCAAGAAUGGCAAGAACAAUCUGCCCGACUCAAUCGCCGUCACCAAAAAAAGACUCAAGCCCAAGAAACGGCCGCCAACUACCACUCCGGGAGCGCGGAAAACCCCCGCCAAAAAAGCCCGAUCACGCUGGCUGUUCUCCUUCCUGCUCCAGGUCCUGGUCUGCUAUCUCGGCCUGGCCUACUUCUACUUCUGUCCCAAAGACCCGAGCUCGAACCCGGUCGUCUGUCGGAACCUGGCCGAAGUGCAUUGGGCACUGGAGCCCCACAUUUCCCCCUAUCUCGACCAGCUCAACAACCAGUUCCGGUACCCCCUCCAGAAACGGGUCGACCGGAAACUAAGGCCUGUCUACGAACACUAUCUCCUCCCCACCUGGUCCCAUGUCCAACCCCAGCUAUCCGCCACUCUCCGGCUCUCAAAGCAGCUCGUCCGCCAGUCUGGACUGCUCGAGCAGGCGCACACUCUCCAGAGCACCUACUGGACACCCCUCAUGGACCAUAUUAACCAGCGAUACGAGCAGAAACUCCAGCCACACAUCCGGUACACGAUCGAGCAAUCCAAACAAGUCUACAACACGCUCCGGAACUCACGGCUGAUCGGCGCCCUGAAGACCUAUCUGCCCCAUCUGCGCGCAUUCCUGCUCCACAACCUCAUCCAGCCCGUCCGCCACACCGUCCUACCGGCCCUGAUCGACCUCUACCGCCACCAUCUGCACCCCCUGCUGGCCCGUCUGGCCCUCAAAACGUACAACUAUCUGCUCGUCGACGACUCCAAUCUGCUCAAAGACCAGCUCGCCAAUCUCAAGCGCACAUACCGUCACCGGCUCCUCAGGCCGAUCAAGAAACUCAGCCAGAUCUACGUCACUCCCCAGAUCGCUAAGAUCGCCCUCAAGCUCAACGAGUACCGGGCCCGCAAAGCUGACUCUCCUGGUGGCAUGUCUCCGAAUGAUCAGCAUCACCAGAAAUCUCCUCCUGUGGCAUCGCAUGUCCCAGAUCCCAUCGAUAAGUCUGCGCCGUCUGAUCCUCCCCUGCACUCCGACAAUGACCACCAUCUAGCCGCGACUCCAGCCGCCCCGUCUUCGGAAGAGCCCACUGACACGUCUGGUCCCCCCGUGAGCCCGGAAGACGAUGACCACCAUGCCCCAUCUCCAACUCCAGAAGACACCUCGCCGUCCGAGCCUGUCAUUGGCACCCAGAAAGAGUGGCCCGCCCCACUCGCCACCGAGCCUGACCUCGUGGACAAGGCGCUUGCUUCGCAGGACGAAUUGGCCGACGAAGAAGAAGACCUUGAACAGUCUUGCCCCGAAGACUCUGCUCCGCAGCCGGAGGACCAUGACGACCCGAUACCGGAGGCCGAGGCGCAGGUCGUCGAGGAGCCGCUAGUCGAGACUGAGAACUUGUCAGUCGACAUAGACGAGUUCAUGAACGAGAUCGAUGAGGAGAUUGCCUCUGAAGCGAGCGAUCCCAAAGCGAGUGCCUCAGCCACAGACGAAGCGGAUGGCGAGCCGAAGAGCCGGUACACUCCGGAAGAGAUAGCGCAGGAGCGGCAGCGCUUAGAGACCAUCGCGGCGGACGGGUUCGCGCGGAUCUGGGCGAUGGAGGCUGCCCAGACGGCGGAGUUGGUGGCCGCGAUCAGCGCCAAAAGGGACGCCUCGAACCUCGCGAAGCAUGCGGAGAUAGUGGGCAAGCAACGGACGGCGGGGUUGGAGGUUGAGCGCACGAAGGUAGUCGAGCGGCUCCGGCGCUGGCUCGAGCGCGCCCAGACGCUCGAGACCGUGCCCCCCGCCGAAACCGCGUCCAAAGCACAGCUCAUCAUCGGCAAGUCUAAGCACAAGUUCUUCGACAAACUCGUCGCGCCUCAUCUGGCCGAACUCGACGGCUUCUCGGCUGCCCAAUACCAGCUCGAGAGCGAGAUUCUGGAGAGGGUCUGGGAGCCGAUCGCGACCUUCGCCUCGGACUUCGAGUCCGAGUUCGGGUUCGGACUCACUUGGUUGGCCGACUCGUCUCCUCGCGAUUGGACCGUAUACAACAAAAUCAAGAAGGACCUCGAUCAGAUCAAGACCCAGAUGCAGGCCCUCAUCAACGGCACCUGGGUCCCGCCCACGGCGGCGGCCGAGGCGGAGGAGAAGAAAGGACGGGACUGGAUGAGCGAGGUGCGGGUGCCGCAGUUUUUCGCCGACUUGGCGCGGGCGAAAGCCAAGGUGGAAGAUGUGUAUCAGGCGUUCGCGACGGAUCUGGACCGGCUGUUGGGCGCGUUUCUCGAGAAGGUUUCGCCCCCGUCGACUGCCGGGCAGGAUGAUGAGGAGGCCGAGUUGGACGCGGCGGGUGGUGAGGAAUCGGCCCCUGCUUCUGCAGGAGAAGAGGAAGAGGGGAGCACUGCUGAUGAGCAAGUGGACGACGGCUCACCACGAGACGAACUCUAA